AUGCCUCCAACCAGAAGGACCACUGGGGGUGCCCGCGCCCACCCCGGGCCUGUUAGGGGGCAAUCGACAAUCAGCUUCUCCGGCAAAGUGACCAAGAGCGUGCCGACGGACGCGAAAAAGGCCGUCGUCUCUCCGAGCGUCGCCAAAAUCGCGGAGCCCGAAACAGCCGCAUCGCCUGCUGAGGAUAUCGAGGUCGAGGAGUCGGAUGUGGCCGACGAGGCGGGACCCGAGUUGCAUGAGGAAAUAAUUCCGGACAAGACCGAGGCCGAGGCGCAGGCGGAGGAGAUUAGCGAUGCGCAGAUCAACAAGUACUGGAAGGCGGUCGAGAGUCAGCGCAAGGCGCCGAGAGUGCACCAGGAGGACCUGGACGUGAGCGAGAUGGUCCUGCGCUAUUUUGACGUAAGCUCUCAGUACGGGCCGUGCAUCGGACUCGACCGCAUGAAGCGAUGGCAGAGAGCCGAGCGCCUCGGACUAAACCCCCCGAUUGAGGUUCUAGCGGUGUUGCUGAAGGAGGACAAGAAGGGCACGAGGGAUAUCGAGACGGCGCAGAUGGAUAAGAUCCUCAGCUCCAUCGCUGUGAGCGCCUGA